AUGGACAAAAUGGGUAUAUUAUGCUUUGUUGUGGCCCUUUUGGGGAUGAUAUCAGCGGGUGCUGGCUUUGCUGCUGAAGUUACAAGGGUUAAGGCUUCGCAAGUGAAGUUAGAUAGUUUCAGACAAUGUUCAUAUCCUCAGAGCCCUGCGCUUGUUUUUAGCAUAAUAUCAGCAGCAACGAUUUUGAUAGCUCAAAUACUAAUAAAUGUUGCCACCGGCUGUUUUUGCUGCAUUAGAAGAACCGCUGAACCUCACCUCACUAAAGCUUUUUGCUUCUAUAUUAUUUCAUGGAUUACAUUUAUUAUUGGUACGGGUCUAUUGCUAGCCGGUGCAGCACUGAAUGAUAGACAUGAUGAAGUAAUUGUGAAAAACGGCGGCUACUACUGCUAUGUUAUCAAACCAGGAGUGUUUGCCACCGGAGCUGUCUUGGCUGCUGUAAGUUGCAUUUUCGGAGUCUUUUAUUAUCAAACCCUAAAAGAGAAGGGCACGAGCAAUGUAGAGAUUCCGAAUCAAGGUGGCAUAGUCAGGGCACAACCUCAAUUCCCGAUCCAGAAUUCUGGUUUUGUAAAUGAAGAUGCUUAUAACAAGCGACAAUUCAGUUGA